UUGACUUCAUAUUUUUUCAGAGGCAAGAGAGAGAAUGAAUAUAGGCAAAAAGAAAGAAUGAAGAGAAUUCAAUCAGAUCGAAUACAAUCUUGACGUCCACAAUGACUUUUUCUCGCUCUACUUUCUCUCUCCAAAAACACACACAGUAACCACUUAACAGCAGCAGCAGCUACAACAUAACAGAACAAGGCGUUUUACUGAGAUUGAAGAUGCUAAUAACUCCCAAUUCUCCUACUACUGCCACACUCAUAAAACCCUAGACAAGUAAUGGACGCCAAUUCAAUACCCAACUCGAAAGUUCGAAACUUUUUGCUCCCUCUCAAUUCAUUGAUCACUUCUCGUAUACUCUCGCUCUUCAAUUUCUCAAUUUUCAUCUCUCUGUGAUUGCUUGAAGACCGACUUUUGAAACAUGGUACCUCCGGGUCCAGGCCCAUCACCUCCCAUUGGUGGUGGUCCUCAGUCUCUCUCACCUUCACUAAUGAGAACACAUUCAGGAGUGAUGGGAUCUCAAGGGGCUCCCAUGUCAUUGCAGACGUCUUUCCCUUCGCUUGUGUCUCCUCGUACCCAGUUCGGCAACAUGAACAUUCUAGGAAAUAUGUCCAAUAUGACUUCUAUGCUGAAUCAAUCUUUCUCAAAUGGAGUUCCGAAUCACGGAAGUAGCCAACGUGGAGGGAUUGAAACUGGAGCUGAAGCAGGCCAACUUUCUAGUGUUGGCAAUGGAAUGAGCUUUGGUAGUUCUCCAUCCUCAUAUGUACAAGGGAAUAUGGCGAAUGCUGGUUCCUCUGGUCAAGUUCAGGGUCAACAAUUUUCCAAUCCUUCUAUCAACCAACUGUUGCCAGAUCAUCAGCAUUCUCAACAUCUUGAUCCUCAAAAUUUCCAACACAGCCAGCAGUCAAUGCAACAGUUCUCUUCUCUGAAUACACAGCAGCAACAGCAUUAUCAAUCAAUGCGAGGAGGAAUAGGUGGAAGUGGAAUGGGACCAGUGAAGUUAGAGCCCCAGGUAAACAACGACCAACUAGGACAGCAACAGCUGCAAUCAAUGAGGAAUCUUCCUCCAGUGAAAUUGGAACAACAACAAAUUCAAACAAUGAGAACUCUGGCACCAGUUAAAAUGGAGCCCCAGCAUUGUGAUCAACCAUCAUUUUUGCAGCAACAACAAUUCCUCCACAUGUCGAGACAAUCUUCUCAGGCUGCUGCUGCUCAGAUCAAUCUUUUGAACCAUCACAGGCUUUUACAGCUUCAACAACAGCAGCAACAGCUUUUAAAGUCAAUGCCUCAACAACGGUCUCAAUUACCACAACAGUUUCAACAGCAGAAUAUGCCUGCGAGGUCUCCUGUGAAACCAGCAUAUGAACCAGGGAUGUGUGCAAGGCGGCUGACACACUAUAUGUAUCAGCAAAAACAUAGACCAGAGGAUAACAACAUCGAGUUUUGGAGGAAGUUUGUUGCUGAGUAUUUUGCUCCUAAUGCUAAGAAGAAGUGGUGUGUCUCUAUGUAUGGAAGUAGCAGACAAACAACUGGAGUUUUCCCUCAGGAUGUAUGGCACUGCGAAAUAUGUAAUCACAAACCUGGCCGUGGGUUUGAAGCAACUGUCGAGGUUCUUCCCAGGCUUUUCAAAGUAAAGUAUGACAGUGGCACUCUGGAAGAGCUACUUUAUGUUGACAUGCCCCGCGAAUAUCAUAAUUCCUCUGGCCAGAUUGUUCUAGACUAUGCAAAAGCAAUACAAGAAAGUGUUUUUGAGCAGCUUCGUGUUGUUCGUGAUGGUCAACUUCGAAUAGUUUUUUCUCCAGACUUGAAGAUAUGCUCUUGGGAAUUUUGUGCUCGGCGCCAUGAAGAGCUCAUCCCCAGAAAACUGUUAAUACCCCAGAUUAGUCAGAUUGGAGCGGUUGCCCAGAAAUACCAGGCUUUAACUCAAAAUGCAACACCCAAUAUUUCUGCUCCAGAGUUACAAAAUAAUUGCAAUAUGUUUGUUGCUUCAGCUCGUCAAUUGGCUAAAACCCUAGAAGUUCCAUUAGUUAAUGAUUUAGGAUAUUCAAAGACAUAUGUACGCUGCCUACAGAUAUCAGAAGUGGUAAAUAGCCUGAAAGACUUGAUGGAUUACAGUAAAGAUACAGUGACCGGACCUAUGGAGAGCUUGGCCAAGUUCCCUCGGAGAACAGUUAAUUCAUGCGGAGUUCGUAAUCAAGCUCAACAGCAUGAAGAUCAAUUAAAACUACAGCAGCAGCAGCAGCAACAGCAAAUGAUGGUCUAUAACUCAAAUGGAGAUCAGAAUCCAGUGCAAGCUGCUGCCAUGCAAAUUGCAUCCAGCAACGGUAUGGUUAGUGUAAAUAGUUCUGUCAACUCAGCUUCUGCAUCGACAACCACAAGCACCAUUGUUGGACUUCUCCACCAAAACUCUGUGAAUUCUAGACAAAAUACAAUGAACAAUGCAAGCAGUCCAUAUGGAGGUUGUUCCGUUCAGAUUCCAUCUCCAGGUUCCUCCAGUACUGUGCCACAGGCCCAGCCAAACUCAUCCCCUUUUCAAUCACCACCGACACCAUCCUCAUCUAAUAACCCCCCACAAACACCUCGUUCUACUUUAACACCUCCCAAUCAAAUGAAUACAACAAAUUCAAUUGCUAAUGUUUCGCUCCAACAACAACAUCAAUAUCAAUCAUCUCUUUCUGGUGAUGCUGAUCCAAGUGAUCCUCAUAGCUCAGUCCAUAAAAUCAUACAGGAGAUGAUGAUGUCCUCGCAGAUGAAUGGUACUGGAGGAAUGGCAGGUGCUGGUUCUCUAGGAAAUGACAUGAAGAAUGGAAGCAAUAAUCUGCCAAUGAGUACAAAUACAGGGCUCAAUAAUGGUAAUGGCACACUGAACAAUAAUCCAGGUGCUGGUAGUUAUGGAACAAUGGGGUUCGGUCAAUCCACUAUGCCUAAUGGAAUGAGAGCUGCUAUGGUUAAUAAUUCAAUCAUGAAUGGAAGGGGAGGAAUGCCAUCCAUAGCGCGGGAUCAAGCUAUGAACCAUCAACAGGAUCUGUCAAACCAAUUGCUUAGUGGUCUAGGAGCAGCGAACGGUUUUAAUAAUCAUCAAUUUGAUUGAAAAUCUUCUCCAGGGCCGAUAUAGGGUUUUAUAUAUAAGAAUUUAGAAACAAAAGUUUAAUGGCUGGUUGUGUGGCUUA